GCAAUAGCAAAGUCGAUGUUGCGACUUACAAGAACAUGUCACACGAGGGCCGAACGCGCGCGAUCUCAGAUUUCAACGUUCGACGUUCAACCCGGCUACCCCGGGAGCCCUACACAUAGCCCAAGACGAACAUCAUAAAUGCACAAGGCCAGGCGCGCCCAGCUCGUUGACGUCUAUAUCGUGAACCUCGGCAUCUUUCUCGUCAGUUUUUGCGAAAGACGAUUCUCUACGGAAUCGGCGUCUUGCUCCACUACUCUCCUUGCACUGACACCAGUACAUCUCGAUCUUGCACUCAUAUCGCGCGUCAGUGUUGGCCGAACCCUGGAGAUUCUUGGCGUAUGGAAAUUUGUGGUCGGGGCUGCCGGUCUUGUCUUUAGCGCGUUCUUGCAGGCAGGCAGAAAUGUAACUCCCACAUACUUUCUCAAGACCUACCCCGCCUCCGCGCUCUCGCACUCCUCAAGCAAGGCCUCGCUCCCCCUUGCCAUCAAUAGUGCAGUGAACAGCGCUGCGCAUAUGGUCGUGGGGAACCUUGCGGAUAAGGUCGGCCGGCAGGACACACUAACUAUUAGCCCGCGCUUCGUCGUCUUCGCCCUCUCGCACGACGUCCUUGCCGGCGGACACAACGCCCUCCUGCUCAUGAUGACCGCCGAAGUGCCUGGCCCGCCCACGAAAUACAGCCAGGGUGCGCUGUACGACAGGGCGAAGCAUCUCGCGGCGAGGCUCUGCGUCGCAUGUGUCAGAUGGUCCGACGCACGAUGGAGAGGGUAUUGGCAGUGGAAAGCAUGA